AGAGCCUCUUUUGUCAUGCCAUACGCUAAAUAAUUUGCAAAAUCAUGAGCUGAAUACCAGAUUCAAUAAAAUCCAAGAUAUGUACAAUGAUUUUGAUUCAGUUCAAACUGACAUAGAAAAUUUGACGGAAAUUCCAGGUGACGAGCACACAGAACGGGAAAAUUUCGAGACAAGCUACUUCGGUGCCUUGGCUGCUGCGCAGGAACUGCUCAGCAGGCACACCGCGGCUGGUGCUGCUUCUGCGGCGCCUGAGGACAAUCUGGUAACGGGUUCCAAUGUCGUUACUGCACUCACAGGUGGGCCAAAUAUUAAAUUACCUACAAUUCAUUUACCUACCUUUUCUGGGCGCUAUCAGGACUGGUUAGAAUACCAUGAUACCUACAAAUCUCUCAUACACGAUAAUCAAUCAAUUCCAAUUAUCCACAAAUUUCAUUAUUUGCGAAGUUCAUUGAAAGACGGUGCUUCACUCGUAAUUAAAUCACAAGAGUUCUCGUCUGAUAACUAUAAAGUCGCGUGGGAUUUGCUUUGUGAACGUUACACAAACGAUAGAAUAUUGGUAAAUAAUCACUUAAAUGCAUUAUUUAACAUAAACCCCGUGCUUCAAGAAUCUUCAAGGGCCUUACGAAAUACUAUAGAUUUAGUCAAUAAAAAUCUCAGGGCUUUGAAGACUCUUAAUUUACCCACAGAGCACUGGGAUAUCCUCAUAAUCCACAUGGUAACUAGCAAACUCGAUUCAGCCACUUUGCGCGAUUGGGAAACCGAGCGCAAUAAUAUUAAAAAACUACCAACAUUAACGGAAUUUACCACUUUCUUAAGAAAUCGCGCAGAUUUGCUAGAAACCACGGAGGAGGCACAAACACUAAAUAAACCACGUCGACACAGCGACAUUACUCACAAUCGUCCUAAAUCAUUUCUUGUAAACCAUGCUCAAAAUCAGACUCAGUAUAAAUAUAAGUGUCCUGUUUGCAAAAAUAAUCACUCAAUUUAUCAAUGUACUAAGUUUAAAACAAUGCCAGUUGAAUCCCGCAUUAAUAAAGUGAAUCAAUUGAAUCUUUGCACAAAUUGUUUGCGAUCAGGACAUGACGAACAACGUUGCAGGCUGAGCUCAUGCCGGCUUUGCACACAAAGACACAAUACCAUGCUACAUAUAAACAAUCAAGCAAAGGCAGACCCUAAGUCUUCCACAUCCAAACCUAAUGAUUGUGUAGCAUCACCAACUCUAAAAGAGCAUACACAAGCUCCACAACAAAUUACAAACAGUGCUGCUUUAUGCUCCACGUUCGGUAGCCAUCGUGUACCGUUAUCUACAGCUGUCAUCAACGUCAGCGACUAUGAUGGCCACACACACCAAGUUAGAGUUCUCUUGGACAACGGAAGUAUAUCUAGUUUCAUUACCAAAGAUCUUCAAGAAAAAUUAAAAUUACCUUCUUAUUCCACUAGCAUAUCCGUCACAGGGUUAGAAAAGAAAAGAUCAAGCAUCACCGAACAUUGUGAUGUAACCAUAACUUCACGUACGCAAGAUUACACAGCAGAAGUCAAUUGCUUCGUUGUCCAAGAGAUCACUGAUAUGAUUCCAUUCACCAAACUAAAUUGUGAUUCGUUCACUAUUCCCCCUCACAUCCACCUAGCGGACCCGAACUUUCACGAGCCAUCCGAGGUGCAGAUGCUGCUGGGUCCAGAACUCUUUUGGGAGUGCCUUACAUAUAAUCACAUAUCCCUGGGCAAGAAAAAACCCGUCCUAGUUGAAACAACACUCGGAUGGCUUGUUGCAGGUUCUAUACAUACACAAAAUUCUAAACAAAAGCAACCCUAUACAGUCCAUUGCAAUCUAAUCAACAACAUUGAGCUCGAUGCAAAACUAGACAAGUUUUUUGAACUAGAAUCAGUUCCAUCCACUCAACAAAUCCACACUAAAGGUGAGAGUGAAUGCGAACGCAUAUUUACACAAACAACAACCCGCCACCCAGAUGGUAAGUUUGUUGUCACAAUACCAUUAAAAGAAUCUCCUGAAUGUUUGGGCGAUUUUAAAACACAAGCAUUACUUCGAUUUCAAGCAUUAGAGCGUAAAUUCAAGCGCAAUCCAGAAUUCAAACAAAAAUACAUAGAAUUUAUUGACGAAUACCUAAGAUUAGGUCACAUGUCAGAAAACACUGACAUACAUACCAACGAAACUUCAUAUUUUUUGCCACAUCAUGCAAUUUGUCGCGAAUCCAGUCUAACUUCUCGCUUGCGGACAGUUUUUGAUGGUUCUGCAGUUUCUAGCUCAGGGAAAUCAUUUAAUGACAUACAAUACGUUGGGCCGACUGUACAAGACGAUUUGCUAAGCAUAUUAAUUCGAUUCCGACAGCAUAAAUUCGUAGUCACUUCAGAUGUCCAAAAAAUGUACAGACAAAUCUAUGUAACUGAAAGUCAAAGAAGUCUGCAGCAAAUUCUGUGGCGCUCAGACACUUCACAACCAAUCAAACAAUAUAAAUUAAAUACUGUCACUUAUGGGACAUCCAGUGCUCCAUAUCUUGCCACCAGAUGUCUUGUACAGUUGGGUCAAGACUGCGCAGAAAAAAAUGUAAGUGAAACAAUCUUACACGAUUUCUAUGUAGAUGACUACAUCUCAGGAAAUGAUGACAAAGCCACUCUGUUAGAAACAUGCAGAGGCGUCAUUAAAACACUAGAAAGUGCUCAUUUUCAUUUAAGAAAGUGGCGUUCAAAUGCACCAUCAUUACUAGAUAAUUUAGUUGCAGACAACAGUAGCGAUGAACUAUUUAAAUUGGACACAGAAAAUCACUCGAAAACCUUAGGUUUACUUUGGUCAUGUCAAUCUGAUGAGCUGCUGUUCUCUGUAGCUGAAAAUCUAAAACCCAAACCCACUAACAAACGCAGCAUUCUAUCCACCAUUGCCACGAUUUUUGAUCCUUUGGGACUAAUAAACCCAUGUUUGCUACCAGCUAAACUAAUUUUACAGUCCUUGUGGGCUAAAAAUAUUUCUUGGGAAGGUCAAUUACCCGAGGACAUCGAGGCUCAGUGGAACAAUUUUGCUAAACAAAUACCAGAAAUAGUCGAAAUUCGUAUCCCGCGCAGAAUAAUAUGUGAUUUUUACGUCAAGGUCGAGCUACAUGCUUUCAGCGAUGCCAGUAAUAAAGCUUAUGCAUCAUGCAUAUACCUACGCUCAAUUUCCAAUACAGGACAGGUUAGUGUACAUUUAGCAUUAGCCAAAAGCAAAAUUGCUCCACUGAAACAGAAAUUAAGUACCCCACGCUUAGAAUUACUAGGGGCCCUCUUAUCGAUACAACUAGCAAAAAAGGUAAAAAAUUCACUGCGCUUGAAUAUCGAUUCACAGCAUUUUUGGUCUGAUUCAACUAUAGUUCUGUGCUGGAUAAAAACAUGUAAACAACAAUUAAAACAAUUUGUCUACAAUAGAAUCACAGAAAUCAAUAACAACUCUGACCCCACAGAUUGGCACUAUGUACCCACAACCUUGAACCCUGCCGACAUAGGUAGUAGGGGUCAGAGCGCAUCAAACCUGAAAAAUUCACCUUUGUGGUGGGAAGGACCGCCCUUCCUUCAUGAAACGGAAAUACAAUGGCCUACUCAACCUCAAAACUUACCUUUAGAAAAUUUGCCUGAAGUCAAAAUACAAUGUCACGUUUCAACUGAACAAUGCGAGGAUAAUUUUACCUCUAAAUACUCAAACUUUUGUAAAUUGCAACGUAUUGUAGCAUACAUGAAUAGAUUCGUUCAUAACUGUAAAAAUAUAACAAACAAGAAUACAGGUCCAUUAAAGGUGUCAGAGCUUAAUCUGUCUUUACAAAUGUUGUGCAAACAAGUGCAGACUGACAAAUUUAGCGAGCAACUCUCGCGUUUGCUAAAUAAGCGCCCACUUUCUCACAAAGAUACUCUGUUGAAAUUUAAUCCAUUUGUAGAUACUUUCGGAAUUAUGCGAGUAGGCGGUAGACUUGCAAGUUCAUAUUACGAUUAUAACACAAAACACCCUAUUUUAUUACAUGCAUCGCAUCACAUCACUAAAAUAUUAGUACACCAUUACCAUCGAAUGUUAAUGCACACUGGACCACAGCUGAUGCUAGCAACAUUACGUCACAGGUACUGGAUAAUUAACGGCCGUAACCUUUGCAGACAGACUUCACAAAGCUGCAUUACAUGUUUAAGAUAUUCGGGUAAAACUCAUCAGCCAAUAAUGGGCAACUUGCCACUGCAAAGGGUACAGUCCGAAUAUGUAUUUGCUAACACAUCCUGUGACUACGCUGGGCCAAUCCUGAUAGCGAGCAGAAAGGGUCGUGGUUGUCAAAUGAAGAAAGCAUAUAUAGUUGUUUUUGUUUGUUUGGCAGUGAGGGCCGUACACUUGGAGCUCGUCACUGAUUUGACAGCCAUGGGCUUUAUUGCCGCUUUAAAUAGAUUCAUAGCCCGCAGAGGCAAACCAGCCACCAUUUUGUCAGAUAAUGGUACUUGUUUCAUAGGGGCUUGUAACGAAUUAGCAAAGUUCCUUAAAAAUAAUUCUGAAGAAAUAACGUCAUAUUCAGCUUCAAAGGAAAUAGAAUUCAAAUUUUGUCCUGCUUAUAGCCCACAUUUUAAUGGUUUGGCGGAGGGCGCAGUUAAGCAGAACUGCAGGUCCGAAACAAAUGGCGCAGGGAUGGAGGCCAGCUGAAGCUUGGCGAGAUGGUUCUCGUCAAAGACGACCGCUUGCCCCCCAGCAGAUGGCUGCUUGGGCGAGUCACCGCAGUCUACCCGGGCAACGACG